AUGAAGCUGAACCCGGAGAAAUGCUCAUUCGGGGUCGGAUCCGGAAAGUUCCUUGGAUUCAUGGUGUCCCACCAAGGGAUCGAGAUCAAUCCCGAUAAAAUCAAAGCUAUAGAAGAUAUCACUGUGGUGGACAGUGUCAAGGUUUUUCAGAGGCUAACCGGGCACAUAGCCGCUCUGGGCCGGUUCAUAUUGAGGUCUUCCGAAAAGAACCAUCGGUUCUUCAAAUUAUUGAAGAAGAAUAACAACUUUUUGUGGACCCCGGAGUUUCAGCAAGCUUUGGAAGAAUUCAAAUGGUACCUUUUGUGUCCACCCUUGCUCCAUACUCCGAAGGCAAACAAGCAGUUGUACCUGUACUUAGAGGUAUUCGAGAUAACGACUUCAUGGCCGACUUUACACCGGUAUAAUACCCGAAGUCGAAAAGGAAUUGUUGUUAACCUAGGAGAUUCCUCGGGAAUUUGGACCCUCUUUACGGACGGUGCCUCGAAUGCAAAUGGGUCCGAACUCGGCAUCGCGUUAAAGCCGCCUACAGGUCCCGAAUUGGCUAAAAGCCCGGGAGCUGAGGUGGUCGAAGCUAAGUGCGAUUCCCUCCUCGUGGUAAAUCAAGUUAAUGGGACGUUUGAAGUAAAAGAGGAACGAAUGCAAAGGUAUUUGGACAAAUUGCAAGUAACGCUGCAUCGAUUCAAGGAUUGGACCUCACAACACGUACCCCGAGACCAAAAUAGCGAGGCCGAUGCUCUGGAUAACUUGGGGUCAUCGGUUGAUGACGAUGAAUUCAGUUCAAGAACGAUUGUACAACUCAUAAAAUCGAUAGUGGAAGAAGGCCAUGCCGAAAUAAACUCAACAAGUUUAACCUGGGAUUGGAGAAACAAGUAUAUAGACUACUUGAAGACUGGGAAGUUACCCUCGGAUCCUAAAGAAUCAAGAGCUCUAUGCACGAAGGCGGCCAGGUUUAGCCCGCUCACCAUAUGCUUGGGUCCGUGA